CAUCCCUCCCCGCCUGCCCGGCUAGCGGUAGCGGCUAGGACAAGAGGCUUGCCAGCCGCUAGCCAAAUGGGUUGCCGCGGGGGCGUUAGGCUGCCGCUCGUGACGCGUCUCUGCUUCGUCGUGCUCCUGUGCGCCUCGUGCCUCUGCUCCCUUUCCCAUGGCAAGAGGACGCCGCCGCCGCGGCCCGCGGUGAAGCCACCGCCACCGCCACCGCCGUCGCCGUCGCAGGUCCCGGCGCCGGCGCCGGCGUACCCGGCUCUCCCCGUCCGGGCGGUGUGCCUGGGCGGGUGGCUCGUCACCGAGGGAUGGAUCCUGCCGCCCCUCUUCGACGGCAUCCCCAACAAGGACCUCCUGGACGGGACGCAGGUGCAGUUCAAGUCGGCGCUGCGGAAGACGUACAUCACCGCCGACCAGGGCGGCGGCGGCGGCGUGGUGGCCAACCGGACGCAGGCCUCCGACUGGGAGACGUUCAAGCUGUGGCGGAUCAACGAGACGACGUUCAACUUCCGGACGCCCGGCGGCCAGUUCAUGGGCAUCGGCGCCAGCGACGGCAUCAUCGUCGCCACCGCCACCGCGCCGGCGCUGCCGGAGACGUUCCAGAUCGUGCGCUGCCCCUUCGACAAGAACCGGGUCCGGAUUAAGGCGGCAAACGGGUACUUCGUCCAGGCGAUCGCAACCGGUGAGGUGAUAGCGGACUACGGCGAGCCCACACGGUGGUCGGACUGGGACGCGUCGGUGUUCCUCAUGACCAAGGUCGGCCAGCAGCUGCAAGGGGAGUACCAGCUCUGCAACGGAUACGGCACCGACAGAGCCGCAUCCGUGCUCAGGGACCACUGGAACACCUACAUAGUUGAGGACGAUUUCAAGUUCAUCGCGUCCAGCGGGCUGACAGCAGUGAGGAUUCCAGUAGGGUGGUGGAUCGCUAGUGACCCCAACCCUCCGGCUCCGUACGUUGGAGGCUCCCUGCAAGCCCUGGACAACGCCUUCAAAUGGGCAGAAAAGUACAAGCUGGGCGUCAUCAUCGACCUGCACGCAGCUCCCGGGUCGCAGAACCCCUGGGAGCACAGCUCUUCCAGAGACGGCACGCAGGAGUGGGGAACAACCGACGCCAACAUCGCACAGACCGUGCAAGUCAUCGAAUUCCUCGCAUCCAGGUACGCGACGAGCCCGAGCCUGUUCGCGGUGGAGCUGCUGAACGAGCCGCUGGCGCCCCGGGCGGCGCUGGACAGCCUGACCAGGUACUACCGCGCCGGCUACGACGCCGUGAGGAGGCACUCGCCGGCGGCGUACGUGGUGAUGUCGAACCGGCUGUCGUCGGGGAACUCGACGGAGCUCCUCCCGUUCGCCGGCGGGCUCCAGGGGGCGGUCAUCGACGUGCACUACUACACCGUGUUCAACAGCGCGUUCAGCAACUUCACCGUGCAGCAGAACAUCGACUUCGUCAGGACCAACUUCUCCGGCGAGCUCGCCGCCGUCACCACCCAGAACGGGCCGCUCACCUUCGUAGGAGAGUGGGUUGCAGAGUGGAAGGUGCCCAACGCGACCAAGGAAGAGUACCAGAAGUACGCGGCGGCGCAGAUGGGUGUGUACGGGCAGGCCACGUUUGGAUGGUCCUACUGGACUGUCAAGAACGCCAACAACCACUGGGACCUGGAGUGGAUGGUCAAAAAUGGAUACAUCUCGUUGAAAGGCUAGGGCUGAAAACAACACUAGUAUGUCUCUAGGCUACGUGAUGAUUGAUCCAUAAGUAACUGUGAAGGCUUUGUAAAAUUGAUCCUGUGAUGUGAUUGUGCAUCUAAGCCCUCGCGGUGACAUCUAACUGUCCAAUAGAAACUGUCAUAUCUGCAAUCAUCAGAAGCUCUGUUCAUGGCUCUCA